UUUAAAAUCUGAACCCAGAAUUGUCGCGCGUGCGCAGUGGGAAAGACCUUGGUUCAAGUUAGAAACUUAUAGCAAAAUGUUACGGUCUUUUGCAUCAAAAGUUGUUUCAGUGAGUCGAACGGCGUCAAAAACUCAAUUGUUAAAAAGCCUUACAGUGACUGGAGUACAAAGAUGCAACUACAGUGUACCUGCUGAAACAGGUGAUGAGUUUGAAAAAGAGUUAGUGGACUUUCUAAAAUUAGAAAAGACUACAGGGUAUGAAAUACGAGCAGUUAUGAAUGAAAUUCAGGGCAUGGACUUUAUACCAGGCCCACCAACUCUAGAUGCCUUCAUGCAUGCAUGCCGAAGAAACAAUGAUUACGCUCUAGCGAUCCGCAUUCUGGAGGGUGUCAGGUUUAAGUGUAACCAAGAUGAGAAGUUGUUUGGCAGUCUGAUUCAAGCUAUUCGACCAACUUUAGAUGAAUUAGGAAUCCUUUCCCUCGAACAGAUGGGAUAUGACAAACCAGAGCUGUAUUUGAAAAAUGUUUUUGAUAUACAUGAGUAAUUUAAAGAUUGUUUAUAUAGAAAAAUGGAAGACACUUUUAAACCAAACAAAAGUUACCUUUUAUAGGCUGGUUUUUUCAGGACUAUUUAUAAAAAACAUUAUAAUUCAUGACUAUUUAAAUAACAGAUAAAGAAUGGAACAUAAAAUAAUUAUUGUGGUUAAAGUGUGAUGCAGAAUUGUAAUUUUUCAUAAGGUUUGUUUUACAAAUAAAUCAUAUUGUAAUAGUUAA